AUGAGUGUGAUCAACAUUCUCACUAGAGUUGAGGCGAUCUGCCAGAAGUACGACAAAUACGACGUCGAAAAGCAACGAGACUCCAAUGUUUCCGGCGACGACGCAAAAGCUGAAACAGCUGCAAAUGAGUCGAAUAGGGCGUCGGUUGUGGCAUUGAAUGCUGAGAUUCGUCGAAUUAAAGGUCGAUUACUUGAAGAAGUGCCUAAAUUGCAGCGCUUGGCUCAAAAAAGGGUGAAAGGGCUUUCAAUUGAGGAACUUUCGGCUCGUAAUGAUUUAGUCCUUGCUUUGCCUGAUAGAAUUCAAUCCAUACCAGAUGGAACCCCUGCAGCUAAAAAGAAUGGGGGUUGGACAUCUGGUUGGACUUCUUCAGCUACUCGCCAAGAGAUAAAAUUUGAUUCAGAUGGAAGAUUUGAUGAUGAGUAUCUACAGGAGACUGAACAGUCAAGCCAAUUUAAGCAAGAAUAUGAAAUGAGAAAAAUCAAGCAG